GUCUUUGUUCCAAAUAAAUAUGUAAUCAAAUAAUACCUAGUUUGAUGUGGAAAAUGAUGCAAGAGUUACCUCUCUUUGCAAUUUCCUCUCAGCAUUUAUUUAUUUUCUAAUUUAUAUGCGAUGAAGAAAUUAUAUUAUACGAUGAAUGAAUGAAACUAAAUUUUUAACUGAUGAAAAAACAGUUAAAGAUACUUUAAAAAUUAUUUCAAUAUAUAUGGUGUCAUUUAGCCCGGUCCUACAAUUCAGUGAAAAAGAUGGCAGACGAAUUGUUUUGCCAUUAUCCACCAGAGUUAAAAUGCAGAUUUACUGACCAUGGUCAGUGUUCCGGUGAUCUCGUGAACCUUAUACAGUGUGUAAAGAGUACAGGUGCCCAUCUCAGGUACUUAAAAACUAAAGGGGACGUAUCUGAGAUAGACCUCAUUCUCAAUAGAGGUGGGUUAUAUGACGUCAGUGACUAUAGCAAGCAGCUAAUUUUAGUUUGUAAAGAGCACCGUGAUUCGUUGGGCCUGUAUUGGAGGAAAAAGACCAAAUGCGAUUAUCCUCUGCACAGUGGAGUUGGGAACGUAGCGGACAGAGCAGUGAACAAGAAUUGUUCAAGUGAAAUAUUCUACAUGUUCAACUGUCUUGUUCCCAUUGGUUCAGCCAUUUGCAAGAAGUGCAGAGUUGUUCACACUAAGAUGAUUGCACUCUUAAACAGAAGCAAUGUGAGUUGUUUUGGGAACAAUGCAGACACUGAAAAUGGAUGCAAUUCAGGAGAAGUUGGCUAUGAAACUGAUGAAAAGAAUGACUCUCAGACUGCUCUGCCCGUCACAAGUUCUGAUUGUUACGAUUUAUUAUCUUCACAAACAACUCAAGCAAGCAUACCCAGCAGUCAUGAGGAGUGGGAACCAGAGUCUUCUUCAUUAGAGAUAAUAAAUGAAGUUAUAAGUCUUUUAUCCAAUGGGAGUCUUGAUCCACUAAGAUCACAACUAUCAGUACCAUUGACUGAAUCUGCACCUAGAACACAGAGAUAUUAUGAGCGGAGAGCCAAGGAGAUAGUUUUACAGUUGUUAGAAUUCAUUGCUCCAUCUCAGUCCCAACUACUGCUAGAAAAAAUUACAGAUAAAUCAGAUGUGCUAAAUACCUCCUCUGAUGACAAGCUUCUUCAGGCUUUUGUGAAGGCAUAUCAGGAGGCCUCACAUUCCCCUUUGUUACAAAAGCAGAUUUUGUCAGUAAUUUCCAGUCACUUCCAGAAAAAUACACUAUUAGAAUCCUUUCCGAAUGUCACCAAGUACAAAAUAGAUGUAGCAAGAGAUUACUCGAAGAAAGGUGGUAUGGCUGAGCCUCAGAAGUUGCCCAAGUCAACCAAGUUCUCUAGACUUCCACAAGAACAGGUGCAGCACUUUGUUGACUUUAUAUCUCAACCACAGUAUGUCCAAGAUGUUGCAUUUGGAGAGAGAACACUUAAACUGUCCACAGGACAAAAGAUACAUAUACCUGACAUUGUAAGAACAGUAAUAGGUAGUAGAAUAAUUUCCUCUUACACAGCAUACUGUGAAGAAACUAGCUUUCAUCCGUGCAAAAGGUCAACACUUUACGAAUUACUAAGGAACUGUUCUGCAACUCAAAGGAAGAGUCUGUGUGGACUGGACAACACUACUGCUGAUGGUAUAUGCUCACUGGAGAAGAUGAUUUCUAUAGCAGAAGCAAUGGAAAGUUAUGGUGCAUUGUCACAUGUUUCACAGGUAUAAAUAUUUAUGUUCGUUAGCUUAAUUUUGGCAUUCCUUGUUAGCUAAGAGAAACGUAAGAGAGAAAGGCUUAAUCUUUCAUACUUAUCGUUAUCCUCAUCAUUGGAUACCCACAGGUGAUCUCCUUUUUUACUUAUCAAUAAAAGAGGAGAUCACCAGUAAGUAUCCGACGAUGCGUUAUCCUUAUGCAGACCUUUCAA